UAUGAUAUAACCAUCGGAACCAUAUUAGUAAUACUCACAAGCCUUCAACUUAUUUAUAUCCAAGAUAAGAUCACCUCUGAUCCAGUUGAAUUAUGGACUUCACCUAAAAGUCAAGCUCGAAAAGAGAAACUUUACUUCGAUGAACAUUUCGGUCCAUUUUAUCGAACCAGCCAGUUGAUCAUAAAGAAAACAACAAAUGAACCAAAUUUUGAUUAUACAUCAGCAAGUGGAAAAAAUUAUUCUUUCAAUCCAAUAUUCGAGAAAGAAUUUCUUUUACAAAUUCUACAAAUUCAAAAUGAAAUAACAUCUCUGACCGUUAAAUUUGAAGGUAAAACUGUCACAUUGAAUGAUAUCUGUUUCAGUCCAUUGGGUAACGGUAAAUGUGCCGUUCAAAGUGUAAUCGGCUGGUUUCAAAGUAACGAAACCCGAUUCGAAGGUGAUCCAAUCACCAACUACACUUACCUUGACCACAUCAUUUCUUGUCUCAGUAAUCCAUAUGCUCCUGAUGAUAGUCUGAAACCCUUUCACUAUCCCUGUCUUGGUGAAUAUGGUGGACCCGCUCUACCUAAAGUAGCACUUGGAGGUUUCAAUCUUGCUGAUUCAUUAAAAUCUGCAUCUGAUGCUUAUUCUAAAGCAAAGACUCUUGUGAUAACCAUUUUAAUAAACAAUCAUGUGGAAAAAUCAGAAAACAAGAGAGCUGAAUCAUGGGAACAAGCAUUUCUUGACUACAUGCACUCAUUUAAUCACACCAAAUAUCCCAAUCUCGAUAUAUCAUUCUUCUCAGAGAGAUCAGUUCAAGAUGAGAUCACCCGUCAAAGUCUUUACGAUAUUUCAACGAUCGUUGUCAGUUAUUUGGUAAUGUUUGCUUAUGUCUCAUUAACUCUUGGUAAAAUUCCGUCAAAAAAUCAGUUCUUUGUUCAUUCCAAGAUUGGACUUGGUCUUCUUGGUGUUAUCAUUGUGAUAGCCAGUGUCGCCUCUUCUAUUGGGCUUAUGAUACUUUUCGGUUUCAAUUUAACUUUAAUCAUCAUGGAAGUGAUUCCUUUCUUAGUUCUUGCUGUUGGUGUCGAUAAUAUUUUCAUUCUUGCUCAACAUUUACAAAGACACGUUCCAGCAGAAGGAGAGACAAGUCAAGAUUCUGUUGCCAUGGUACUAGGUAAAUGUGGACCAUCCAUUUUGAUGGCCUUCGCUUGUGAGGUCACUUGUUUCUUCAUCGGGUCAUUAUCGUCAAUGCCUGCUAUCCGUAUGUUUGCUUUGAAUGCGGCACUUGCUCUGUUGAUUGAUUUCCUAUUACAAAUGUCCAUUUUCGUUGUUGUUUUAUACCUUGACAUGGAAAGGUCAAAAUCAUCCCGAUUCGAUAUCUUUUGCUGUUUCAAAUCCAACAAACCCAACAGCCCAGAAGCCAAGAACGAAGUCGACGAAGCUGGACUAUUACAUAAAAUUUGUAAAGAUCAUUAUGCACCAUUUUUAAUGAAAGAUAAAGUUCGAUUAACUUUUAUUAUCGUGUUCGCCCUAUGGUUAUGCUCAUCAAUCGCUGUGAUCAAUAAGAUUGACGUUGGACUGGAUCAAGAUUUAUCAAUGCCCCACGAUUCCUAUGUACUCAAAUAUUUCAAGUCACAAAAACAUGAUCUCAUGGUCGGUCCACCAGUUUAUUUUGUUCUUGGUGGUAAAUUUAAUUACUCUGAUCUUUUCCAUCAAGAACUUAUCUGUGGUGCCAGUUUUUGUGGUGAAAAUUCACUCUUCAAUCAAAUCAGUCAAGCAUCUCGAACUCCCGAAUCAAGUUACAUUGUCGAUACUCCAGCAUCUUGGCUUGAUGAUUACUUUGAUUGGGCAACUACAUCAUCUUGUUGUCGUCUAUGGAAAAAUGAUACCAGUCAAUUUUGUCCAUCAACUUUAACCGAUGUCAACAGAAAUAAGGAGUGUUCAUUAUGUCCAAUUGCUGAUGAUGAUUCCACAAUUAAGCCAAAACAGUUUUACAAGUUCUUACCUGAUUAUCUAUCAGAUGUACCAACAGCUUCAUGUCCAAAAGGUGGUAAAGGUGCUUAUGGGGCUGCAGUUAAAUUGGACGAAAAUGGUCAAGUAUUAGCCAGUCAUUACAGCUCAUUCCAUUCCCCGUUAGUCACAUCGAGUGACUUCAUUGCCGCCAUGAAAAACGCUCGCUUCUUAGCCUCUAAUAUUGAGAGAGCCAUUGGUACACAAUUACAAGAAGGAGAAGAGGUCACAGUGUUCCCAUAUUGUCUUGUCUACGUUUACUAUGAGCAAUAUUUAACCAUCUAUGAAGAUUCAAUUAAAAGUCUUGCCCUGUCAAUCGGAGCCAUAUUUCUGGUAUCAUUUGUCUUGUAUGGAUUUGACAUCAAAUCGUCAAUGAUUGUCGUUUUCACCAUAGUCUGUAUAGUCAUCAAUCUAAUGGGAAUGAUGUAUUGGUGGGAUAUCUCAUUGAACGCACUUUCGUUGGUUAAUCUUGUGAUGGCCUGUGGUAUAUCGGUUGAAUUUUGUUCACACAUUGCUCAUGCUUACCUAUUAAGUAACGAGGAGACCCGAAAGGAAAGGUCGCAAGAAGCACUUGCAUCAAUGGGAUCCUCGGUUCUUUCCGGUAUAACAUUGACCAAAUUUGCUGGUAUUCUGGUUCUCGCCUGGUCGACAUCUCAAAUUUUCGUUGUCUUUUAUUUCCGAAUGUAUUUUGGUAUCGUUAUCAUUGGUGCUCUUCAUGGUCUAGUUUUAUUACCAAUCCUAUUAAGCAUAUUUGGAGGUAAACCAAAAUUAUCUAGAAAAUUGAUCCAAUCAACUUUAAAUAAUCCUGAAAACAUCCAACACUAAUUAAAAAUCUUAUAAUUUUAUAAAAUUAUUGAUUAAUAUUUAGAUAAAAUUUCAAUGAAAAUAUUUUAUGGUCUCUAUUCUUGACCAAUGAUCUCCAUAAUUAACAUCUAAAAGCCAAAUCACUAACGAAAUGUCAACGAAAACGAAGCAACAAUUCCUAAUUUUAGAUAAUAUUCUUUUAAUUGAAUAACUAUUAUAAUAAAAUUCCAAUUCCUGUUUAUAUUUGUAAACUACGAUUUUCAAUCAAUCCAAUUAAAUCCAUUGUAAAGUUAUUACAUCGAAA